AAGAGAAACAGAGCACAAAGCCCCUGCGGGUGGGACAAGGAGAGGAUGGGCAGCCAGCGAAGCUGUCCUCCCAGGAGGGGAUCGUGAAUACUCCAAAGCUCUGGGACUGUCCAUCCCAGAGUCCAGAGGGGAACAGGCUCACUCAGCACACAGCAGCAGGUCCCAGCUCCCCAGGAAUGUACUGGGGGCACAGUAGCUGCCCUUCUAUGUGUCUCCAUCCCCAUCUCUGGCUGUCAUUCCUUUCUGACUCUGGUGCCUCCCCCAUCACACGCACAGCACACAACCCAAGCUGGAAGGGACCUGGGACUGCAAAGCUCCAGGGUAUGGUGGAACAACAGAACUGUGCCAUAUUAGGGUUCUGAGUGCUCUAAGUCCAAGACCACAUGCUAGCAGGGCUGGGCUCCCUCUGAAGCUUGGGCAGGAAAGUUACACCCCAGCUUCUCCUGGUGCCCCAUGCAUGCUUCCCCAGAAAAGGGAUGGCAUCACGUUGGUCAGCAGCAGAACCUCUCCUAACCAGACCAUCUGCAGGCAUGGCUGUCCAGGAAGGCCACCAGUGACAGUCUGAAGGUCAGGGCAGUCACAGAACUUUCCGGGAGAAACUAUUGAGCAAGUGGUUGUGUCCCCACAAGAGUCCCCUCCAUUUCACACACAUCCCUGGCUACUCGGGAGACAAAGUUUGUACAAGGGAGGUACAGAGAAUAAACAGGUCUGGACCACAUGAGGAACACUAUAAGCAGACCAGGGUACAUGGAGGGCAGAGUCACCUACAGGUCUGCAAUUACAAAGGAGAAAAAUGUACAGCCAGGCCAGGACCAGUGCUAGAGUGGGGACAUUAGUGACAUCUUAGAGUGGCCCAUGUGUCCAAGGUUUAACCUCCAGAAAGCUAAAGUUGCCUGGGAGGUCUUAGAAGGCCUAGGGAGACAGAGAGAUAGCCAGAGUCAGGAACAGAGCACAUGGACUCUUGGGCUGGCCUAAUGCAGCCUGCCUGUCAUCCACACAGACCUAGACCCUUUGUGGACACAGAAGGAAGGCCCCAGGGUGCACACCUCUACCAGAGAUGGGCGAGCAGAGCCUCCCUUCCAACUCCUUGCACAUUGUGUUCCUGCCCUUUUCCCUAUCCCCACCUCUUCCUGACGUUUCUAACUGCCCCCAACCCUGCAUCUUCUCUCUCCCUCCCCAGUGCAAGGUGGAUUCUUUAUCUGUGACAAUUGUCAGGCUCUGGCCCUGUCUCCUUCCCCAUCCGGCUCCUCUCUGUUGAUGGAGUCUGGGACAGAGCUGUUGCGCAUGCACUUUAGGCUCUCCAUCUUUUCUGCUUUCUCUGCAACCAUCUCGGCUAGGAUCCUGGUUACCAUGGCAACACUGCGGCUGUACCAGGUGGCAAUGGGGGCAGGGAGCUGGCCUGCUGCAGCCUGCCAUGUCCCAUGCCAGGCCUGCCAGCCAGUGGCUGGGCUCAUCCUAGGGACACUUAGCGACUCCCCCACCCACGCAGGUCCCUUCCUCAUGGAUGGGAUAGGAGGCAGGAGAGGGGGCAGGGGACCAGGAUACAGAGAGGAGAUUGUGGCCUCAAGGUGGGAUGAAUGGUGAACAGUUAAGGUGAGCUCAAGGGCAAUUAGACAUUGGAGGGAGGGAGGGGACUCCAGCCAAGACUGAGGGGCAUGGAGGACUGGGAAAGACAGGACACGGGUGGAACAUGCAGGAACACAUACAUUCCAGCCAGACCUUUCUACUUAGACUUUAGAGGAGAAAGGAAAGAUAAGAGGUCUGUAAGGGGCCUGGUGGAAGAUCUAAGUUCCUGUCCCCAGUUCUUCCCCUAUCCCAAGCAAAAUGCAGUCUCCAUGACAACCUGCCACUGGCCAGCCUGAGGAAGGGGGAUUGCAAAGGGAACUUUCUACCUCGGCAGGCAUGGGAGAGUGUGGGCUCUACAGGAGGCAGUGGGGUAGUGAGCACACAGGGCCACACAAGGCCUAGCUUCCAAGCCACCAUGCCAGCCAGCACAGGAGGGCAAAGGGCUCAAAAAGGACACACAUCCCCAUUCUGCUCCCUCCUCAGUGGACAGAGUCAGGGUCAAAGUCCAAAGAUCAUUCACUGCUCAGGCCUGGUAAAGGGGCCAGCAAGCACAGCAGAUCCCCCACAGCAGGAUAAAGGCCAUGGACGCCAGUAUGGUCCCUCGAGUUCCUCACAAGGUGGGGGUGGUGGGCUACGGCCGCCUCGGACAGUCCCUUGUGUCCCGCCUUCUGGCUCAGGGAUCAGAACUGGGCCUAGAACUUGUUUUUGUGUGGAACCGUGACCCUGGACGAAUGGCAGGGAGUGUGCCCCCUGCCCUGCAGCUCGAAGACCUCACUACCCUUGAGGAAAGGCACCCCGACCUUGUGGUAGAAGUGGCCCAUCCAAAAAUAAUCCAUGAAUCUGGGGUACAAAUCCUCCGUCAUGCAAACCUUCUGGUGGGAUCCCCCUCAGCUCUGGCUGACCAGACCACAGAGCGGCAGCUCCUGGAGGCUUCAAACCACUGGGGCCACACGGUGUUUGUGGCCCGAGGGGCCCUGUGGGGUUGUGAAGACAUCAGCAGAUUGGAUGCAGCCGGAGGCCUCCAGAGCCUUCGAGUCACCAUGGCCACACAUCCUGAUGGCUUCCGGCUGGAGGGACCCCUGGCUGCCGCACACAGUAGUGGGCCCCGCACAGUGCUCUAUGAGGGCCCUGUGCGUGGGCUCUGCCCCUUGGCCCCCCGAAACUCUAACACCAUGGCAGCCGCUGCCCUGGCCGCUCCCAGUCUAGGCUUUGAUCGUGUCAUUGGGGUGCUUGUGGCUGACCUUAGCCUCACCGACAUGCAUGUGGUGGAUGUGGAGCUGACAGGCCCCCCAGGGCCCACAGGCUGCAGCUUUGCCGUGCACACCCACAGAGAGAACCCAGCCCAGCCUGGCGCUGUCACUGGCUCCGCUACUGUUACAGCCUUCUGGCACAGCUUACUGGGCUGCUGUCAGCUUCCCUCCAGACCUGGGAUCCGCCUCUGCUGAGUUUCCUCCCCUACCCUUGCUGUCACCUUGACUACUAUGGGUCCCAGUAAACAUCAGAAUUCUGCC